AUGACGACCCGCUUCAAGAAGAACCGCAAGAAGCGAGGCCACGUGAGCGCCGGUCACGGCCGUAUCGGAAAGCACCGGAAACAUCCCGGAGGUCGCGGUAACGCCGGAGGUAUGCACCACCACCGAAUCCUCUUCGACAAGUACCAUCCAGGUUACUUCGGGAAGGUCGGCAUGAGGUAUUUCCACAAGCUUCGCAACAAGUUCUUCUGCCCCACCGUCAACAUCGACAAGCUCUGGUCGAUGGUCCCUCAGGACGUGAAGGACAAGGCCAACAAAACCAAUGCUCCGAUGAUCGAUGUGACCCAGUUUGGGUACUUCAAGGUUCUUGGAAAGGGAGUUUUGCCAUGUGAUCAGCCGGUUGUGGUGAAGGCGAAGCUCAUUUCGAAGAUCGCUGAGAAGAAGAUUAAGGAGGCCGGUGGUGCUGUUGUACUCACCGCUUAG